AUGAGCUCCUACGUUGACAGCUGCAAGGUACACCAAGCAGCAGAGACAAGUUCUCCGAUGUUUGAUUUCGGCGUGGCGGGGCGAGGGUCCAGCCUGCGCCACGGCGGCGUCAGUGUCAGCGCCGUGUUUACGCAUCCGGUCCCCGCAGGCUCCGUUGGACAGGACGACAUGCAAAGGAGCCUGAGAGGCAGCCCGGAGCCCCGUCUUCCACCGGGACCUCACAUAGGCUCCAACCCGGCGGGAGCGCUCCACCGCGCGGGUGGGACCGGACCGCUCACGGACAGAGCCCCGGAGAGGAGCGACAACCGGAGCCAGAAAGGCAACAGAAGUGCGGAAAACGCGCCGAGCGCGUCCCGGAACGCAAACGGCAGCCAGCAGCACCGUGAACACGGACCGCAGAUCUAUCCGUGGAUGACCAAACUGCACAUGAGCCACGAAUCGGAGGGCAAGCGUUCCCGGACCAGUUACACCCGCUACCAGACUCUGGAGCUGGAGAAGGAGUUCCACUUCAACCGCUACCUGAGCCGCCGCAGGCGCAUCGAGAUCGCCCACACUCUGUGCUUGAACGAGAGGCAGAUCAAAAUCUGGUUCCAGAACAGAAGAAUGAAAUGGAAGAAGGACAGUAAAAUGAAAGUGAAGGACUAGACGUGCGUGGAAGAGGAGCAGCGUGACCUCUGGAUGAACUGCGAUGAACAGCAAUGACAUCACGACACGGUGACACCGCCCCUGGCUCUUCAUCACCAAUUAUGUGUCACUCUUUGCAGUGGUGGGGUACCUAAUAUAUUGAAUAUCACUCUCAUUGAUCAAUUGGUUUACAUUGCUAAAUUCAUUACACCACUUUGAGAAGGGGGGGAAGAGUUGAGGGUGCUGCCAUGUUUGGAGUACCAUCACCAUGCAUACAUAUGUAGUAUUUGGUCCUGUGGUGCGUUCAGUGACCUGUAAUUUUUUUUUUUUUUUUUUUGUAAGUCGAUGUAUGUAACAACAGAAAUGUAUGUCACCAAACUGUAGAC